AUGUAUUUCGGCGACGGCGGUUCCUUCGCCGUCGUCCCAACUGUGUACAAGAGAGAAGACUACAAGCGGACCAAACACGACGCCGUUUUCUCCAAGUGGAAGGUCCUCAUAGGAUCCAACGAUUGGGAGGAUUUCAAAAACGGCAAAGACGGUGUAUGCAGAUACAGAGUCCAGAACUUACCCCGCAAAUCAUGUCCAGGUCUGUACGAGCUCGGUGUAGCAGUCGUCGGCCACGACCAAGCCCGAAAGCUCGACUCGGAAGAUGUUCUCGCUGCAUAUCUAGGACAAGCGGAGAGCGUUAGAUCUAGACUCCAGCGUUACGGAAGAUCCGGUGCUCAUUUGCGCAACGUAAACGACUGUGAAACCACUGAAUCUCCUGACAAGAAGGCUGGUUUGUUCGAAGACAUAUUCGCUAAAGACGGCUCGGUUGUGUUCAGAUGGGCUCCGAUGGGGUCUAAGAGGGAAGCUGAGGCAACAGAAGGGAUGCUUUUGAGCACGUUUGACUAUGCGUGGAACAAAGGAAGUAAUGGGGAGAGACGGCAGCUUGAUUUGGUGAAGAAGCUCGGUGAUGGAGGGUUUAUGAGCAAGAGGAAGUCAGGGAUAUUCAAAGAGCUUUUCCCUUUUCUUCGGAACAAUGUUGGUAUUAGAAUCAAAGGAGAGAAGCAUGUGCUUAAAGAAGAGAGAAAGGAUGAUGUUUAUGAAGAGAAGAAGAAGAAGAAGAGUAAUAGUAAUUUCUUCACUUCAGUACUCAAACUCAGCCGGUCUAGACCUCAACCGGUUUCAGACAGAUUUGAGGAGGAGCAUGAUGAUGGUGGCUCCGGUUCUGAUUCGGUUUGUGGAGUCCUAUUGGAAAAUGGUGGUUGUUGCAGUAAGAGUCCUGUGAAAGGAAGAAAGAGAUGCGUUGAGCAUAAAGGGCAGAGAGUUUGCCGUGUUUCGCCGGAAAAAUACAGACCGCCACAGCAGCCGGAGAUUUUCACCGGAGAAGAUCACAAUCAUGAAGAAGACUCUGAUGUCGUGUGUGGAGUGAUCUUACCUGACAUGGAAACUUGUGGUAAGAGACCUGUUUCAGGAAGGAAAAGAUGUGAGGAUCACAAAGGCAUGAGGAUUAAUGCUUUCCUCUUUCUUCUUAACAAGACAGAUCGUAAGAAAACCGUUAAAGACGAGAAAUCUGAUACCGACGACACAAAGGAAGAAGAAGGUUUGACUCGCUUCUGUGAAGCGACGACAAAGAAUGGCUUAUCUUGCACAAGAAGUUCACCUAAAGGAAGCAAAAGGUGUUGGCAACAUAAGGAGAAAACUUCCGAGGAUAGCUCGCCGGGAAAUGUUUCACCGGUGGCCGGGAAACAAGUAACGUGCGGUGUUAAAGUGUGUAAUGGAUCGAUCUGUGAGAGAUCUCCUGUUAAAGGACGUAAAAGAUGUGAAGAGCACAAGGGAAUGAGAAUCAGCCCUUCAUGA